AUGAAGACAUAUCUGAGCGAGCGGUUGGUGCAGAGCGGCGAGAAGGAGCGCCUGAAGGAACUGCUACGGCUUCAGCUCGUGGAGUGCGGCUGGCACGAGGACAUGAAGCAGUUUUGCAAAGCCGUGAUCCGGAACAGAGGAAUCGAGUGCGUGACGGUCGAGGAUUUGAUUGAAGAGAUCGUCCCACGAGCACGAGCGGCCGUGCCAGAAGAAGUCAAGAGCGAAACACUCGAGAAGAUCAAGGCGUUCCUCGCGCGCGAAGUGGACGACAAAGGGGCGACGAGCGAAAAAAAGAAUGACCAGCAGCUGGCGCACGACGUCGUCGGGACGACCGACUAA